ACCAGACCGCGUGAAGUUCACGCAAAAUAUAUUAUGCACAACUCCGCAGCCAUGGAGAUGACAGAUUUGACGCCGCUGGGAGACCAGCUGGAAGGCGAUAUUGAUGAACUGGAGGAAGUUUUAGAGCCGCUCUUGAGCCAGACCUUGUCCACAGCGACCCAGAAAAUGACAGUCAUGGACAAGGCGAAGCUGCAUGUACUCAUCACAUAUACGAUUGAAUCCCUUCUUUUUUCGUAUUUACGUCUACAGGGCGUAAAUGCAAAGGAACACUCUGUUUUUAAAGAAUUGACCCGAGUGAAACAGUACUUUGCAAAGAUAAAGAAUCUAGAAACAGUGCCAGAGAAGCCGACUAUGACACUUGAUAAGCAAGCAGCGGCGAGAUUCAUAAAACACGGCCUCGCCGGGAACGAUAAAAUUGACUUAGAGAGAGCCGAAAGAGAGGCCAAAGAACGAGCUAUGGCUCAGCUAAGGGCGGCGCAACUCGCUAGAAAGCAAGGGGAGACAGUUACGGCUGCUACUCCUGCUGAUUCUCUUCCCCAGAAGCGUCCUGCAGAGGACGAGGAGGAAUCGGAAAAUGAUGAUGGCGACACAGGAAAUGAGUAUGAGGCGAGCAGCAAUACCGGGGAAGGAGAUCAUGAAGUGACUGCCCAUCCCAACAGAGAACCCGGGAAAAAGCGAAACCGGGCCAGUAAACGAACAAGGGAAAGGAGACGAGGACAGGGGCGCUCUGAUGUGGCAGAUGUUGAGAAGCGCUCACUUAAUAAGGAAAAGACUAGGCGAGAGAAAAAGCGCAUGAAAAGGCCGAGAAAGCAAAAAAAAAAUAAACCGCAAGAUUAGCAGUCAGCCUCUAGCCUGACAAGGAUGUAUAGCACGCCCGGCUUUCACUUGCCUUCAACCUCUUGCCGAGGGUCAGAGCUCUUGGUAUUUAUAACGCCAAAGAGAACUGGGAAGACUGCCGUUUUGUUGUUCGUGUGCAAACGAGUUCAAUCAGAGUUCGGAUACUGUGGCCAUUUCUGCUCUCUCUGUGUUGGCCCUAUCACCCUGAAGUGCUCCAAGGAAUGGCUGAGCGGGGAAUCUCCCUCGCAAAUGGAUAGUUUGCAUUUAAUUCUGGCAAUGGAUAGAUACCCACAGUCAA